CUGCGAGAAAUGAUGGCGACCGCUGCUCGACGCCUAUUAGUCCGCCGCGGCCCGACGCGCCGGCUCGGCACGGCGCCGCCGCCGCCGCCCGCCGGCGCGGCGCUCCGCCUCUUCGGCUACUCCAUUUGUCCGUUCUGCCAUUUUGUAAGAAGCGCCGCGCGCUACACGAAGACGACGAUAGCCCUCACGGAGGUCAAUCCGCUGACCAAGGCCGAAAUCAAGUUCAGCGAGACGCAUCGGAAGGUGCCGAUCGCGGUUUUUGACGACGGGUCGAUUGUCGUCGAGUCCGCGGCGAUUGUGGACGAACUCCUCCGGCGGUCGCCGCCCUCGGAAGAUUUCGCUUCAGAAUCCGCGCGCACGUGGGCGGCCUGGGCAACUCAUGAAUUGGCGCCGAUGGUCUACCCGAACCUCACGAAGACGUACGGCGAGUGCCGCCGAGCUUUAUCUUACGCCGACGGGGCCUUUGGGCCAAUGGAUGCGCUCCUGAUCAAGCACGUGGGCGCGCUGGGCAUGAGCCUGGCGCACGGCAAGAUCAAGAGGAAGUACGGCAUCGAGGACGAGCGGGCGGCGCUCUUCGAGAAACUGGCGACGUGGGAGGCGCGUAUUGGAGAUCGGCCGUUCCGGGGCGGCGACGCGCCGGACCUGGCGGACGUCGCCGUGCACGGCGUCCUGGGGGCCGUGGCCGGUCUGCCGGCGCGCGACGACGUCGUGGAGGCGCACCCGAAGAUCGGGGCCUGGCUGGAGCGCGUCGAGGCGGCGCUCGGCGGGGAGAGGGUCGUGGUGAGGUAAGGACAAGU